AUGGUCGUCGGCGACGGCCCUAGCACCGCGCACGCCGAAGCCAGUGGUGGGCCCGCGGCUGUCGACGGCGGCGGUGUCAGAGGGGCGGCACGCAAAGGAUCCGGAGCAGCUUCGCAUCAGCUCCGGGCUGCCGAGGCCACCGCUCCGGGCCGCCCGCCCCAGACCCUGGUGGCGUGCCUGAGGUGCGGGGCUUAUGGCACGAGAUACGCCCGCAACCUGGCAGGCACGUGCCACGGGGCAACCACAACCACGCUCCAGAGCCAGAGAGCCCGCCUGGCUGACGGCCGGCACCCGGGGCAUCGGCAGUGCCGAACGUGGGUGCUCUCCACGUUGCGGGAGCCAACUUCGGCGGACCUCGCCGCGUGCCUGGGGCCAGACUUCGGCCGCGCACCAGUGGCAGGGCCCACGGUCGGACCCCAGAUGGGGAGGGGGGCGCCCAGGCGCAUGCUGACGAGGGUUGAGAUCUUGGCAGCAUACGGCUUGAACGAGGAAGACGUGGAGGCGGCCGUCAACCGCUGGCGCCAGCGGCGGCGCGCCAGGGCCACGGAGGAGGACGACUCCGACAUCGAGGAGUAG